AUGGGUCCAAGGACUGCUGCCUUUGCAGGUGGGAGUUCCCGGGGCAUCAUCCCCCAGUGCCGCCUGCGUCCCUGGGUUGUGGAGGCCAGCACCCUUCAGCAGGAGAGGCUGCAGGCCAUCGCGGAGAAGCGGAAACGUCAGACAGAGAUCGAGAACAAAAGGCGGCAGCUCGAGGAUGACAGGCGGCAGCUGCAGCAUCUCAAGUCCAAGGCUCUGCGGGAGAGAUGGCUGUUGGAGGGGGCCCCGGCCUCAGCCUCCGAGGAGGACGAGGCCAUGAAGAAGCAGAUGCAGGAGGAUGAGGUGAAGACCAAGGAGCUGGAGGAAACCAUCCAGAGGCUGGAGAAGGAGCUGGAGACGCUGGAGAACGGCAGCUCGGCAGCUUCCACCAAGGAGAACCUGGCAGAGGUGGCGGCACCGGCCAAGGAAGAGAAGGCAGAGGCCGUCCCCAACAUGCAGAAGAGUCCCCUGGGCACAGUCAAGGCCGAGAAGGUCUCCAGCAGCCCCAUGAAGGCGGUGGAGGGCACUGACAUGAUGAAGGCAGCCAUGUACUCAGUGGAGAUCACGGUGGAGAAGGACAGAGUGACUGGGGAGACCAAGGUCCUGUCCAGCACCACCCUGCUCCCCCAGAACCACUGUCUACAGGGGGUCAAAGUGUACGAGGAUGAGCUGAAAGUGGUGCACGCGGUGAGCGCCGAGGACGGGGCCCUGCAGAAUGGGGCCCACCCCCUCAGCUCCUCCGAGGUCGACGAGCUCCUGCACAAGGCAGACGAGGCCACCCUGAGCAAAGCUGCUGGGCGGGAGGCCCCGGCCAAGGCUGGUGAGGCCGGCAGCGCCCCGGCCAGCCAGAAGCCAACGCCGCGGCGGGAGAUCACGGGGCUGCAGGCCAAGCCACGGGAAAGCACCACGGUGCUGCCACCGGGCGAGGGGACGGAGCCGAGCCGGGAGCAGCCCGUCACCAUGAUCUUCAUGGGCUACCAGAACGUGGAGGACGAGGAUGAGACCAAGAAGGUGCUGGGGCUGGAGGGCACCAUCAAGGCCGAGCUGGUGGUGAUCGAGGAUGCCGAGAGCAAGCCGGAGCCGGUGCGCAAGGACCACGCACCACCCAACGGCACUGCGCUGGAGCCAGCGGCUGCCCAGCCACCGGGGGAGGAGGGCCCUGGUGGGCAGAAGCCGGGCGCCAACGCCACAGACGCCAAGGAGGCCGAGCAGGAGACGGACGUGAAGAAGCAGCGCUGCAAGUGCUGCACGGAGCUCCUCGCCCUGGCACUCGUGGUGACGGCUGCCACCAUCCAGGGCCAGCCAGGUCCUGCCCCUCAUCCUCAGGUGAGCCGGGAGCCUGAGGGCGACGUCGAAGCUGAGCAGCAUCCCCGAUCCAGGGCGAGGUUGGCAGAGGGUUGA